AUGGGAACAGGACAACAAUUCAGUCAGCAUUUGGUUAAGUGUAUUGAGGCCAACAUGAAGACGGUCAGGUGCUUCAUGGUGACGCUGUAUGACCGGGAUAACUCCGAGUUCACUGUAGCAGAGACCACUCCGACUGGUUCUUUCUCCUUGGGUACUUACAGAGUAUCACUUGCCUCUCGGACAUGUGACUGCGGGUACUUCCAGGCUCUUCAUUUCCCGUGUCAGCACGCACUUGCAUGCUGUGCAUACUCACGGGUCAUCUGGACCUCUUACGUUCACAGCGUCUAUCAGAUUAGCUCGGUGUUCAGUGUGUAUCGGAUGGGAUUCACACCUCCGAUCCCGGAGGGCUUCUGGCCACCUUACGACGGGCCCACGGUGAUUCCAGACCCUAACAAGAGGCGUGCCAGAGAGGGUCGUCCUAGAUCCACUAGGAUACGGACGAAUAUGGACGAGGCAAAUCUGAAUCGGCCAAAGAGGUGCGGCCUAUGUCGCCAACCCGGACACACACGAUGUAGUUGCCCACAGGUUGGAGGAUCGUCUCAGACAGGACACCAUUAG